UUGUUGCCAGUAUCACUAGUUAAAUUCAAAAUGGUGCGUCUUAUUGUUUGUGCGCUUGCUGUUCUAGUUUUAGUCAGCUUGAGAUGUUGUGAUUCAGCUCCACAGUUUGGAGUGUUCGGUAUUGGGGGAGUUAUUGGCGGAGGUUUUUCCGGCUACCCUGGAGGCUAUGGUUUUGGAGGACCAGGCUAUUUUAGACACGGCUUCGGACAUGGCUUCGGACACAGAUUUUACGGACCGGGCUACGGUUACCAUGGUUACGGAGGCUAUCACGGCUACGGAGGCUAUGGCGCUCCAGGCUACGAUCAAUUCGGCUAUGGAAAUCCUGGAUUGAGUUUCUCAAAAAGUGAGAGUGUCAGUUUUGGGGCUGGUGGCGCCGCACAGUCCAGCUCUAGUGCUGGUAGUUUUGGUAAAUAA